UAUUUCAAAUCAAAGAAGAGAGCUAUUUAAUUAGAUGGAGUCACGAGUGCAUGAUGAGCCGUUGACCCCUGCCGGCCGGCUGUUUCUCCAACCGGAGAUGGACCAAAUCGUACACGCAAUCGCCGGCGUCAAGAACCCGCUCGACGUAGACGCCGUGAAAUCGGCUUUCGCGAACUCUCUGCUGCUCAAAAACCCAAGAUUCUGCAGCCUGUUGGUCAAAGAUUCCAACGGGCGCGAAAGCUGGAGGAGGACCGAAGUCAACAUCGACGACCACUUCGUCAUCCUCCCAGACCCUCUCGGCGACGACCCGUCGGCGACGGACGAUGACGCGCUCAACAGUUACCUCGCCGACCUCUCCGUCUCUACGCCGCUCCCCGCCGACAAGCCAUUGUGGGAAGUCCAUCUCCUCCUCGCCCACAAAUGCGGCUUUCUCCGAAUCCACCACUCCCUCGGAGAUGGGACUACGAUCAUGUCCAUGUUCCUCUCUUGCUGCCGGAAAACCAGCGAUCCCAGCGUGCCGCCGUCAGCGGGUGGCGUCGGAGCAGGACGUAGUCGGAGGAGGUGGGGCUUUAAGGAGGUGGUGAUGGUGGUGUGGUACACGGUGGCGUACGUGUUGGAGUUUGUACUGAGGAGUCUGUGGCUGAAGGAUAAGAAGACGGCUCUGAGCGGCGGCGCUGGGGUGGAGCUUUGGCCGCGGAAGUUGGCCACCGCCAAGUUUACCAUUAACGACAUGAAAACAGUAAAGAAUGCGGUUGCUGGCGCGACCAUCAAUGAUGUACUUUUCGGAGUCGUUGCAUGUGGGCUAUCAAGGUACCUUGCAAUCGGAUCUUCUAAAGAAGUGAAGGACGGCGUCCGGAUCACUGGUAUGGCGAUGGUAAAUUUACGGCCACAACCUGGGCCUCAGGAAAUGACAAAGUUGAUGAAUAGCGAUAAAUCGGGCACCAUGUGGGGUAAUAAAUUUGGGUUCAUGCUCUUACCUGUGCAUUGUUUUCACGCUUCCAAUGAUCCUCUCCAAUUUGUCAAGAGAGCCAAAUCUAUGAUUGACAAGAAAAAACUAUCCUUAGAAGCCAUUUGCUCCUAUAAACUUGGGGUUUUUCUCAUGUCCUUCCUUGGUGUUAAGCUCAUGAGCUUGUUCAACUAUCGGAUCAUAUGUAACACAACAUUUGCAAUCUCGAAUGUGAUGGGCCCACAAGAAGAGAUCUCUAUUGCAGGCAACCCUGUCACGUAUAUAAGAAACACCCCAUCAAGCUGCCCUCAUGCAAUCACGAUACAUAUGGUGAGUUAUGAUGGCAAGGCAGACCUGCAAAUUUUGGUUGCCAAAGACAUCAUCCCGGACCCGGACGUUCUAGCCAGGUAUUUUGAAGAUGCUUUGAUGGAAAUGAAAAAACAAGCUACAGAGGAUCAAUCCACAUCAAAGUUUUAAAUUGUAGUUGGAGCAUUGGUUGCAGUUCAGAUUAUGAAUUGCGACUGCGGUUGUUACAACAGACGUGAAGCGUACUGCGUGAUUUGCGGCCAAUGCGGCAUGAAACAAUUUUAAGUUUGAACAAGAUAAAAAUAAAAUGUUGUUUUUUGCUUUCUUCUACAAUUCUUCUAUUAAUAAUGUGAGAAAUAAAUCUGUUUAUUGGAGUUAUUAAGUGCGAAACAUAAUAAAAAUAUUACAUACGAAUAAUUAUUCUAGCACAUAGAUGUGAACAAAGA